GAUCCAAUUACAGGCACUUGAAGCCCAAUGUGCUCAAUAUAUUCCCCGCAACGAAGACCCUGAGCUUACGGAGAGCAUCUUGAAUUGGAAAGUCGACUGGGAGGACAUUGACAGGCGGUCUAAAGCCCGGAGGAAGAAGUGUAAGAUGUCGUUGUCAGUGAGUAAUAUGAGUGACUCCCAGACAGCCGUGGAUGGCUCUUGAAGUUGGGACAGAGCAAUCCAUAACAACAGAGCCAUGUAUCAGUAACAACCUGAUAUUACCCAAAAUCAGGGUGUCACCUUGCGGGUUCGAGAAGAUUCCGUCGUCGAUGAUCAUUGAACCGGAGGAUCAUAUAUCGGCGCAACGGUCCAGAGCUAACGACUCUUUUUCCUCGCAAAAACACAAAAUCGAAAGCAGCCUUCAACCUAUUCCAAAGUCCAACUUCAGAAAUAUCCGGAUCAUGGGUAAGAAGAUCCCUCAACCAAAAACAUCAGAAUCCAUCAUCGCUCAGCUUAAGCAAGCACAAGAGCCGCACAGUCGAUUCAUCAACCAAGCCCGCGAUGCUAAACGAAAGCUCGCUGCAGCUCAAGGUAUGGCCAUCCCGAGGUGGGAGGAUUAUUGGAAAGAGCUCGAUGAGUGGAGGGAUCUCGUAGUGGAGCAAGAGAUCGAUCGAGAGCUUUAUCAGCAUGGCUUUGCGCCGACACCUCCGACAACCCCUGUUCCUCGACCCGUCAAACCCAAGGAUCUUGAGAAUGUUGGUGGAAACUCUAGGGAAUGAUGUUUUGUCGAGCUUCUUGAGCUUCAGGCUUUCGUUGUCUUUCGUGAGGGGAGGUGGUGGUCGGAUUUCAGCGCAUAGGAGUCGGCUUUUCUUGGUUGGGAAAUUUUGAUGUGCUGCGCUCCUGUGAUCAUUCAGGGGGGGUGG